CUGUUAUUGCUGAUUUGCUGUUCUACUGGUCUGCUGUUAGCAAGUCAGAUAGAUUAUACAGUAUAAUAAUGUCCAUUUAUCUUUAUAUGUAAUAGUGAUACAUUUUUUUUUUUUGAACUGGUAUUUGUCUUUUGUAUUGAAUUUGCUCUUGUACGCAAUUAAAUGAAUAGAUUCAGUUUUAGUUUUUGAAUUCACAGAGUUGACAGCUUCUCGGCUUCUCCUACCCAUAUUCAACAAAUUUAUUCUGGAUAAGAUAGAAGGAAAACCGGCAGUGAAAGAAAUGGAGGCGAAGACUAAUGCAGCCCUGUUUCCGAGUCUGCAAACCUUAAAUAUAAGUGUUAAUCCGUCGAUGUUCCUUAAGCUCAACUCUCCAAUUUCAGUUUGUUGCUGUCGCAGGAGGAACCCCAGUGCCCAUCGCCGUUUGUCCGCUCACUCUAGUUCUUUGCCAACAGUCACCGAGGAUGGAUCCCAACUUGCUUCCUCCAAAUUGGUGGCCCGUCGCCUUAUUCUCCUUCGUCAUGCUGAGAGUUCAUGGGAUAACCCUUUAUUGCGAGAUCAUGAUCGACCUUUGAGCAAGGGUGGAAAAGCUGAUGCUGCCAAGGUGUCUCAAAAGCUCCAACAACUUGGUUGGAUUCCUCAGCUUAUCCUAUCCAGCAAUGCAACACGAACUAGGGAAACACUUAAAGUAAUGCAGGAGCAAGUGCCAGGCUUUGUGGAUGCAGAGGUUCAUUUCAUUCCAAGCUUCUAUUCAAUUGCAGCACUGGAUGGACAGACUGCUGAGCAUCUUCAGCAAGCUAUCUGUAGAUAUUCUAGGGAUGAGAUCCUCACUGUUAUGUGCAUGGGACAUAAUAGAGGGUGGGAGGAGGCAGCCUCAAUGUUCACUGGUGCACCAGUAGAACUGAAAACAUGCAAUGCUGCUUUGCUGGAGGCUACUGGAAAGUCCUGGGAAGAGGCAUUUGUAUUAGCAGGAAUUGGAGGUUGGAAGCUUCAAGGCAUUGUAAAACCAAGUGACAGCCUGUUGCAUUGACCAUAAAUUUUGAGCAUAAUCCAGAUCUAGAACAUCCCUUGUCCUUCUCCUUUCCAAAAAGAACAGAGAAGAGAUACAACUUCUGGUUUAUGAUUAAUUGCACGUGUUAGUGGGUAAACCAUUAACCAAUUUGUCCUCCUCUAUGAUAUUCCAGACCUUAGAUUAGUUGGGAAAACCACAUCAUUUGCCUGCUCAAGAAACAUACCAUGAUGUGGAAAGAUUAAAAUAAAUGCUUCCUGCGAGUGAAAAUCUAUCCACUAACAAAGCUAUUUGUUGUAUAGAGAUGGUGCAAAGAGUUUGGCAUGCCUGCCUGCCAGAGUUGAACAUCUCUUUUUUCUGCAUGGUGGAAAGGUUGCAGCGUCGAAGAUAUCACCUUCUGCAGUUCAUUGAUCUGAUUGGUGUCCUUUUCUUUUAACAUUAUUCUUGAUUUUUGAAAAAUUUAGUCGGAUGGAUUGACUGAGCACCUGUACAGAAGCUAACAUAGUUCUUAACUAGUGAUUUCAACAAUACAAUAUAGUGUUGCUAUCAAUCAUGUUGCAGGAGUUGCAUUGUUUUACUUGUGUUUACUUUGAGCUGGUGCUUCGUACUGUCGUCUGCCCACUAGGAAAUUAUUGUUCGGGGCAGGGGUUUUGCUCCCCUUCUCACAAUUAUAUUGAGGUUACUGACUUGGACAGAUUAAACUUGCCCAUAGGGACCAUUUGCUGACGAUAAGCAGUUAUGGCUAGGAGGCCAGAAAUGUUUUGCUUGGUUUGUAGGAAAAAGAAGCAGCAAGAGCUGGAAUUUUACAUAUGAAUAUAUAAACGCUAAUUGAUGUGGGAUAAUUUGGAGGGGGACAAAGGCUUUCGAUGAUAAUUAGGCGGUGUAGCUUUAUACCUAUAUGUAAUCAAUUUGAAAAGUAUGCUUGUGAUUCAAUAAAGUUGAGACUUUUACUCGGGUACUAAA